CCCUUCAGAAUGGUCUGAAAUAAUGAUAUUAAACUGUCAGCAGUUUCAAGACAAAAGUGUGAUACAAGGAUCGCUAAAUUAAUCAUGACAUUGUGAAAUAUUUGGGGUUAAUUGUAGCAAAUAAGAAAGAUAUUCAUUAGGAAAUUAAGAGAUAAAAUCUGAAAAAUGAUUUAGAUCAAAAUCCUUUAUCUUCUUGUUGCAUAUCUAAAAAGUCAAAGAUGAAAAUGUACAAAACCUGCUGUAUUAUGUGUGUGUAAAAUUUGAUCUCUCGUUUUAAAAGUGCUGAGCCCAAGGGAGAUGAGGGUGGAUAAAAUUACAUAUUAAUGUGCUUUAUGUUUUGCAUUCUUCACCAAUUAUUGUUAGGAGCAUGCGAUGAGCAUGACAUGAAGAUGAGGUAUGGAUUAAAAAUCAUAAUCAUGAAACCUGAAGAAAAGAUAUUACUUGUUAAGGUACUGGUGGAGAGGAUGGAAGUCGGCUUCUUUCAAGUCUAGACAGUGGCAUGCAUAACAGCGAUUACAAUAAAGUGAAAGAUUUACAGCAAUCACAGAAUGGUGAAGAAAGAGUGGAAGUGAUAGUGAAUGAGGAUAUUGAAUCAGGAGAAGAGAAACUCACAGACAGUAGUAUGUUGCAACACCCUAGAUCAAAUAGAAAGCAAACUGACCUUCACAAUUUUUGUAGACAGACAGUGGCACAUACCGGUGACACUGCAGUGACCGUGAGAGGUGUUCCUGAAACUUGGGACACAGCGACUGAUCAUGGGGACUCUGGUGAAUAUGAAGAUGCAAAACUAAUUUCAAAUGAGCCUUGUACAGUGGCAACAAAUACAUGGGAAUAUUUACCAAAUCAGCUGUGCCGGCUCUGUGCGACUAAAGAUGAACAUCCAAAGCAGUCAGUUGUUGGCUGGUUGGGCAUGUUAAAUGAAAUAAUUCCAGAUUUGGUUGCCCUGAAUGAUGAACUUCCCCAGCAUAUUUGCAGACCUUGCACAAACAAGCUUUUUACAUGCAACAAGAUAAAGGCAGACUUUAUUGAAGCAUAUGAUAAGCUUCAGGCAUCAUUGGGAUUUACAAAUUCAUCAGGAACCCAGUUCAUAGAUCCUGAAACAGCUGCACUUGGUCAUCAGACUCUUAGUGGGGUUAGGGAUGAACAAGUAGUGUCAGAGGAUGAAGAGCAAAUAGUGUCUGAGAUCCCAUCUGAUGAGUUUUCUAUUGUUACACCAAACUCUCAUAAUGACUUACUUGAAGAAGAAAAGAUCGUAAAUACUGUUGGUGAUUUGUCUUUCAAUCCUGAGGAAUUUACCGUGUCAGAUACUGAAGAUGAAGGAACUGUGCCUAGAAAUUUGACAGAACAUAAAUCAGAUAUGGUCAAAAACACCUCUGCUGCAUAUGAAGUAGUGAUACCAGAACCACACACGACAAGGAAUGAAAAGUUUAAAUAUGUAUGUGGUGAGUGUGAGGAAAUGUUCACAAAAAGGGGAGCUCUGAAUGCACAUAAACGUAGGUACCAUACCAAUGCCAAAGCAUUUGAAUGUGAAUAUUGUAUGAAGCAGUGCACAUAUGCAUACCAGUUAGAUGACCACAGGCGCAUUCACACCAAGGAAUUACCAUAUAUGUGUGAAAUCUGUGGAAAAUGUUUCCGAAACAUAACGAGGUUGAAGAACCAUGAAUAUGUUCAUAAGCCACCCAGUUAUACUUGUGAACUAUGCAAUAAGAAGUGGCGUAGUAAGUUACAUUUAAUGCAACACAAGAAGGUUCACUCUACAGACAGAAAACUGAUAUGUGAGCUGUGUGGGAAAAUACUAUUUUGUCAUUUUAGCCUUCGAAUUCACAUGCGAAUUCAUACUGGUGAGAAACCUUUUCAAUGUGACAGCUGUGGAAAGUGCUUUGUUUCUGCUGUCAGACUGAGAAACCAUGGGUCUGUUCACACAGGCAGAAAAUUUCGAUGUGAUACUUGUAGUAAACAGUUUUAUUACAAGCACACAUUAAUACGACACCAGGAAUGUCAUAUUAAGCUGAAACAUUAUAAAUGUCAAGUCUGUUUACAAGGAUUUGCUAGUCUACAUUACAGGAAUAAACAUCGUAAGGUAACAUGUAAACUGCCUAUUUGUAUUGUGUGCAACAAGGUUUUACCCAGUGAUAAGACUCUAGAAGAACAUCGCACAAAAGAGCACACAGAAGAAGAGGUAGCAGUAGCUGCAAAAUGUCAUAGAAAAUGGUAUUUUAAGUGCUGUCCAGUUUGUUCUGAGAUCAUUUGUGGUAAAGGGAACAUGUUGAAGCACAUGAAGGAAUAUCACAAGGAUUACACUUACACACCAUUUGCAUGUGAACAGUGUCCCAAGGCAUAUUGUACCGCACGUUCCUUGCGUAAUCAUAGCAUGUGGCAUAGAGAACAGCAUCCAUAUAAUUGUUUAAUUUGUGGGAAGAUAUGUAAGACAUGGAACACACUCAAGUGGCAUAAUAUGUCAGCGCAUCAAAAUGAACGUCCGUUUCAGUGUCACUACUGUGACCUCCAGUUCAGAAGACUUUCAGACUUGAUUGUGCAUCAGAGGAAGCACACAGGAGAGAGACCAUUCUCUUGCCAAAUUUGUAUGCAGAAAUUUUUUACAAAAAGUGACAUCUUAAAGCAUGCAAAGAAACAUUCCCAAAUCAUUGAAAAUGUGGCAUGGGAAGAAGUGGUGGAGGGAACUAAAAGUGAUUCUUCACCAGACUUGUUAUGUGAUGGUACAGUGGAGUAAGUGGUUUGAUAGUUGAAAAUAGAUUUUAUGGAGUGGAGAUAUAUUUAUACAUCAUGCAUGUUUUGGUCAGGAAGCUCCUAGGUUGGUGUGGGGGCUACAUCAUCUUUGGCCAUCAUCAGUGCAAUAUGUGAAAAUUCUCCUGGUAUCUGUAACCAAAGUUCUGAUGUACGACCCUUUUUUCUACUAUUUGUAUUGAUAUAACUGCAAUGUAACUGAAUGUCUGAGGGACUGAACUCUCCAAUAAUCACAAUUUUCUAUUCAGUCUAUUUUCUGAUUGUGACAAUACCCAUCUUCAGGUCUUAUCGAAUUCCAUUCUCUGUACAGAGUGUUGGGUACAUAGGCUGUCAAACCAUGAGUUGAUGUAUCCAAAAUUGGUUAAAAUGUAAAUAUACUUUUAGCAGUA